GCUUCCCGCUCAGGCACGCACAAGCCUGCCUCGAUACGCUGACUGUACAUCAAGAAUCUUCUCAAACGCCCGAGGUCAUCAACUCAUCAUUCAAUACGCGACAGUCUUCUUUCCGCGGACCUCGACUCUGCGCAGAUCACUCUCUCCGAUCCGUGUGCCUUGAGAUCGGGAUGAUGCGCCAAGCUGCUCGGGUCGUGUGCGCCGUCGCGCUGCUCGUCACUGGUGCGGCCGCCGUCGAGCUGCCUUUUGGACUGGGAGGCAGUGUUAGUAGUGGUAGCGGCAGCGUCGCCGACGUCCUACAGGCAAAGACGUGGUACACAAGCAACUACACUUUCCCAGUCUGGUCUCAGAAGUACACCGUCCGACCCAUCGACUACAAGGUGGAGGCUUCCCUCUUGCUCCUCGUUGCGCUGUACAUCUUCUUGCACCUGCUGGGCAAAGCUCGGAAUCAAGCGGUGGCCAAGACAUGGGCUAAUGUGGCUGUGCCCAUGCUAGCUGAUGAGUUCGCAGUGGUAGGAAAGGGUACAGAAAUCGGAGCGAGCGGUGGGGAGGAGCACCUGGUGUGGAACGGAGCUGGCGAUGCGCUCUUGUUCGCUACCGGACGCAGAGGCGUCAACAGCCUGCACGCGUACUUUGAGCUCGUGCCCUACCACGACCCUCUCGCUCUUCUCUACCACUUCGUAGGGGACAUUGUUGCAGCCACAGUCUCCUCAUCGGCCAGAGACACCCUCUCGCUCCACUUUGCACUGCCCUACCAAUCUCCAGACAACGUUUCCGGCGUCUUCGCCAUCAUUUCGAAAACCGCCUUGAGACGAUCCAGGGCAGGAAGAUUCGACUUGACCUUCACCAAGCUGGCUGGCGAUGCGGAAACAUCUGCGAGGAAGUUGGACGAGCGCUUCGUCGUGCUCAGCGAGACUAGCGAUCUUAGCGACUCUCUGCUCGGCGAGCAAGGUGCUAAAGGAGAUGCGCAUCGGGAUAAAGUCGGUCUGCAGAUUGCCAUCAAUGGGCCUGCAAAGGAUCUUCUGGAAAGCCUCAUUCUUACCGAUUUGCCUCACGAGCGACCCUGGAAUGGUCCUGUCCCCGUAGAAAAACGCACACGAAGCCUCGUUCUCACGCUCCGAGCCCCACAUAACAUCACCGAAGCUCGCGCUAGUCUAGCGCUCGUAGAAGCAGCUUGCAAUCUGCUGGAUGCCAUGGAGCUAGGUGCGGCAAGGUUGAGUGCCCUCACCCUGACCAAGCUGAGAAAAACACGGGCGGAGCUGGACAAGGAAUUGCUGGAUGAAUCUCUCAAAGAGCAGAGAGAAGCUGAGAAGGAAGCGAGAGAGGAGGCCAAGCGCAAAGCGGAUGCUGAAAAGUUCAGCAAAUUAUCGGAAAAGGAACAGGCGAAAAGGAAGGAACUGGAAAAGAAGCGGGCGCAGCGCAAGGCAGGGAAAUCGAUGAGGGGCCGAUCGGGAUGAGUAGGAUUCCUGGGCCUCGAUAGAUGGGGCACCAUUCGACGAGUCGUGCUGGACGUGCUUCACAAGUCCGCUCAAAUUCAGACUGCUCUCGCAAAUGCAAUGCAUUGCACCGCUC